GGGGAUGGGGAUGCUGACGAAGGCUUGUGAGGCUGAGAAGACAAAUUGCCCUCAUCAUUAUCUCCAGGCUUGUCAAUCAAACGUAUUCCCUUAUUUACCUCGGCGAGGAGAGAGCCCCGGGAGCACACAGAGAGAGGGAGGGAGCGAGAGGAGAACUGCUUGCCCCAAACUCCGCACCGGGGAGGGAGCGUUGCCAGCCCCUUGGGAUGGCCACCAUCACCUGCAACCGCUUCACUGAGGAGUACCAGCUCUUUGAGGAACUGGGCAAGGGUGCUUUCUCCAUUGUCCGGAGAUGUGUGAAGGUGUUGGCAGGACAAGAGUAUGCAGCCAAAAUCAUCAACACCAAGAAGCUGUCUGCUCGAGACCACCAGAAGCUGGAGCGAGAGGCUCGGAUCUGCCGCCUCCUGAAGCACCCCAACAUCGUGAGGCUCCAUGACAGCAUCUCUGAAGAGGGCCACCACUACCUGAUAUUCGACCUGGUCACUGGUGGGGAGCUGUUUGAGGACAUCGUGGCCAGAGAGUACUACAGCGAAGCGGAUGCCAGCCACUGCAUCCAGCAGAUCCUGGAAGCCGUCCUGCAUUGCCACCAGAUGGGGGUGGUCCACCGGGACCUGAAGCCUGAGAACCUGCUGCUGGCCUCCAAGUUGAAGGGGGCUGCUGUCAAGCUGGCUGACUUUGGCCUUGCCAUUGAGGUGGAGGGAGACCAGCAAGCGUGGUUCGGUUUUGCUGGCACCCCAGGAUACCUCUCCCCUGAGGUGCUCCGCAAGGAUCCCUACGGCAAAGCUGUGGACCUGUGGGCUUGUGGUGUCAUCCUCUACAUCCUGCUGGUUGGGUACCCACCGUUCUGGGAUGAAGACCAGCACCGCCUCUACCAGCAGAUCAAGGCUGGGGCUUACGACUUCCCCUCCCCCGAGUGGGACACCGUCACUCCAGAAGCAAAAGAUCUCAUCAACAAGAUGCUGACCAUCAACCCUUCCAAACGCAUCACGGCGGCGGAGGCUCUGAAGCACCCCUGGAUAUCACACCGUGCCACCGUGGCCUCAUGCAUGCAUAGGCAGGAGACGGUGGAUUGCCUGAAGAAGUUCAAUGCCCGGAGGAAGCUAAAGGGAGCCAUCCUCACCACCAUGCUGGCCACCAGGAACUUCUCCGGAGGCAAAAGUGGUGGCAACAAGAAGAAUGACGGCGUGAAGAAAAGAAAGUCCAGUUCCAGCGUUCAGUUAAUGGAAUCGUCAGAGAGCACCAACACCACCAUUGAGGAUGAAGACACCAAAGUACGGAAGCAAGAAAUCAUUAAGGUGACAGAACAGCUGAUUGAAGCAAUAAGCAAUGGUGACUUCGAGUCCUACACGAAGAUGUGUGACCCUGGGAUGACUGCUUUCGAGCCUGAGGCUCUGGGGAACCUCGUGGAAGGCCUGGAUUUCCACCGGUUCUACUUUGAAAACCUGUGGUCCCGGAAUAGUAAGCCUGUGCACACGACGAUCCUGAACCCCCACAUUCACCUGAUGGGAGACGAGUCUGCCUGCAUCGCCUACAUCCGCAUCACGCAGUACGUGGACGCAGGGGGCAUCCCCCGCACUGCUCAGUCUGAAGAGACCCGCAUCUGGCACCGCCGGGAUGGCAAAUGGCAGAUUGUCCACUUCCACAGAUCUGGCGCGCCCUCUGUCCUACCGCAGUAAGCCCUCUGAAGCACGGUCCAGCCCGUGCUGGGUUUGUCACUGACUGACUGCCAGGGGAGACCCCUCCAACUCUUCACCUACAGGACUUUGGCUGUUGGCUCUGCUGCUUGGUUCCUGCUGGAAUAGCCCCUUGCUUCUCACUGCACACAUGCAACGGCCUCAGCGGCACCUACAAGCAUCCCAUCUCCAUCCCCUUUCACCGGGUCCCCUUCCUCUGCAUGAACGAAGAAAAGAAAAACCAUGAACCUACACCUGUGCACUUGUUGCCUACCAGGGCAAAAGCCAUCACCCUGGGCUGCAUGACCCCCCUGCAGUCCCAUACAUCCCAUGGAUUGGGACAGGAAUCUUCAUCCACCUCCAUCUAAAUGGCAUCUCCCCAAAGAAGAGGAGGUUGUGGGGAGCUGCUCUGUGCCACACACCCUCCACACGCCGGUGGAUUUUGCCUUGCUGCUAUCAAGGUCCCUGCCCACUGCCCUGAGCUCAUGCAUCCCGGCAGCCUCGGCUGGGGAACCUGGGUUUUAAACCAUUUGCAAAAUUCAGCUUCUGUGCAUCUUGGGUGAGGAGGGGAAUGCGUGGAUGGGUGAGUAAGAGUGUCCUGGUGUUUUCUCUUCCCAGGAGGGUAAGUAGAUUUGCGCCUCGGUGAGUUACCAGGAUGCUCUCUCUCCUUCCUCCCUUCUCUCCUGGGAGUGGGGCUGGCAAAGCUGGGAGGAAAGAGGAGAAAGGUGAUCUCUAUCUAUCGCCACUGCCCAGAGAGCUCUCCCAGCCCCACAGGUGGGCUCAGGACAGCAAAUCUGUCCCACGCUCUGCUCCCAUCCCUUUGGAUCCUAUCCCCCAGCCCCUCGCAUGCAGCAUCCGCAGCUCCCCAUGGCACAAAGGCUGAGCUGGCCACUGAUUGGAAACACAGACACCAUUGCCCACACGACACCUUCCAGCGAAGACGAGGAAUGCAAGCUUUAGUGACAAAACUCUGCAGAAUCUGGUUGUGCUUUGAAGAAACAAACAAGCCUUUAGCUAUCUUCUACUUUGAGCGCAUGCCUUUUUAUAGGAGAAAGAAAACAACCUACUGUGUAUUUCGUAACUUGAUUUUGAGUAUUUGCUGAAAUGGAUCUUUAUGUAAUAACUAGAAACAUUCAACUGUUCGGGGUUGGGGGGUGGGGGGGAUUUUUGGGGGUUGCUGUUUUUUUGUUGCGUUUACAUUUGGAGAGGGGUCGCAAUGCCACGCCACUCCCACCAGGGCUGCCAGCAGGCAAAGACACCAGGGCACUGUGUCCCCCAGGGCAGCCAUGUCCCUGGGGCACCAAUGUCCCCAGGCUUCUGCACACAGGGGACUGCUUGCAUGGCAAACCCAGAAGGGGGAACUCUUCUGAGCCACCAGGGUUUGGUUUUUAGGAUGGAAGGCAGGGCCAGGACAGAGAAUUUUGGUCUUGCCCCUCUGCCAUCAGGUAGAGGUCUGAGAGACGUGAGGGUGGUGGAUUUUCCAGCAAUGCUUCCGCUUCUUGUUGUCUUUUUCCAAUGGAAGCCCUUUGCUCGUUGACAUGGGGCUCCUUGCAGUGCUGCUGCCCCAAGGACUUUCUAGCUGCACUCUCUUCAUCUGCAUGGCGUUUAACUUUCUAGACAGUGCGUGUGUUGAAAAACAAAAGAUAACAAAAGAAACACUUGUUUUGGACAUUUAAAGAAAAAGCAAACAAAAAAACAAAAAAAAAAAAAGGAAAAAAAAAGAAGAAAAAAAAGGAAAUGUUUUCUCCAUGUAAAUUCUGGGUGUGUAUUUUGCCUUUUCUGUGGUUUUGAAUGCUUUGCUCUUUGUCUAGGGAUGGCUGCCUCGCGAAACGCAGCCGUGUCCUUGCAGACUGCUAAGAUAUUUUCCUACUGGGUGGAGGGGCAGGAAUCCAAAUCGUUGGGGUAUCGAGAGGCUGUGAGAGGUUUUUGUUGUGUCCCACUGUGCAGGGACUGUGACUGUUGGUAGCUGUGUUGUAUAGGAGAGACUGUUUUGGGAAGAAAUCUCAAUGGUCCUCAUUGGGUGAAAGCGUAUGUCCCCAUGCCUGUGGUGGACCUUUGCUGGUUGAUUGUGGAGCUAUGUUGGCUUGCAAGAAUUGCCCCCAAAGCAGGGACAUCUAUUCAGGGAGAGAAUAAGCUUUUAAGAUAGAGUUGGGGUGCUUUCAAAGACCCAUUUUUCUUCCUGUAGUUGCGUAGUGCUGAUUGUUUUGGGGUUUAUUUUCUUUUUCGCUUUUAAAGGAAGGACUCAGCUCUUUCAUAGUUCUCCCUCCUCUCCAGCACUGGCUCUGAAGCCAGCCAUGGCAAGGGUCUUAUACGCCUCAUGAUGUCAGAGCUGUACUGCAGAUGGGUGUGAAGUUGGCAAGAUAGGAAGAGGCUCAGUGGUUCAGACUAGUUUUGGAGCUGUCAGCAGCGCUGGGCUAUGAUGGUGAAGCUGCUCCAGCAGACACUGCUGGAAAAAGGGCUGGGACGGGAGCUGUGUAGGGUUUGUUGGGCCUGACAGACGGGAUGGGGAGAUAGAUGCAGUGUCCUUUUACUAGAAGCCCACUUCAGGCGGUUGCUGGUUGAGGAGAAUCUCUUGGUUUCCAGAGAGGUUUUGAGCUGUUUUAUCAGAGGUGAUUUCUCUUCCUUGAGGCUUCCCUACCGUCAUCUCUCCAGGGACAGGUUCUUUGCAAGGCACCAGAAUAUCUUUGCAACAUCCAAAAUGCUCCCAAUUCUUCAAAGGGAAGUAGUCUUGUUUUCAACUCUUUCUAGUCUUCCAGUCAAGCUGAAGCCUGACCAAGGAAGACCGAACUUCCCAACCUGCCUAAGUUGGCAGUGUUAAGCACCUGCACUUUAGAGGUCUGUUCUGCCUGGUUUCUCUCCCCACUUCACCCUGGUCCUCCAGAGCAGGUUUCCGUAUCCCCAGAGCAUCUCUGAACAAGCACUGAUAAACCAACACCUUUCCUUUUAGUAGCCAUGGUAAAAAACCUUGUCUGUCUUCCUUUGCAUUUCUUGAUUUUUGCCUGAACUUGCAGGAAAACUUACUUUAUAAGGAAUCAACAUAAUCAACUGUAACAGCCUUUUAUUUUUGUUUUUUGGCUUGCAGAGCAAGGGAUGCUGCAGUUACAUCUGUACCAGAUGUUCUUGCUAGAGAUUGUGCUGUUGGUACCAACUAUAUUGCAUUCUAUGUGGUAUUGCUUCAGCAGUACAACCACAGUUCUGUCAUCAAGUGAUGACAAGGUCCAGGAGAUGUUCCCAGUAUGCAAUAUGGAUGAUGCCACAUUCUUGGGACACAGUUUACUGCCAUGGGCUUCCUAUCCCCAUCACCCUCGAGGCUGGAGAUCACCUAAUAUUCUAGUGCAGGUACAGCCUGACUUGUCUGUCCAUCUAGCUCAAUCUAAA